AUGCUCUCCGACAGGGAGCAGCAGCCUUCGGUGCGAGUCUCCUCGCCACGGCCCGUCCGCGGCAAACGUUCCAGGACCAGGAGGCUUUACCUCUCGAUGUCAGCUGCCGGGGUGCUCAUAAGCAUGCUAUGUUUACUCUUAGCCAUCUGCUGCCUCUACCAUGUGGCAUUUUGCAUCAUCGUCGUCUUAUUCUGGGUCGCACAAGUCAACGCCGCGCCCAUGGAGGCACUCCAGAUGGUCCUCGCACAUGUGCGAUACACUUUCAUUCUCAGUGUAUCCAUGGUUGGCGUCCUCGUGCCGGCGGCCAUGGCGGCCAUGGGCCUUUUCAGCAAGAAAAGGCACCCGGACGCGCUAUGCAUGUACUUCUUGCGCGGCAAUCUCGUCUGCCUCGUCGCGACGGUCGUUGCCGUGGCGAUGCUGCAGCAGCAGCUCGUGGAGCUUCAAACCGCGUGGCUGUUCUCCUCGCCAAAGUUGGAACUUGCCUUCUGUGUGGUAUCCAGUCUAUGCGUGGGCAUGGGAUUUUGGACCACGGCAGCGUUCGCCGUAUGCGCAUUCCCCCCCGGUGGUCAGCGCCGAUGA